AUGUUUAAAGCUAUUGGUAACUUUUUUCAUAAAAUAAAUGAAAAAAAUGAAGAGUUUGUAAGAUCUUAGUAAAAUUAAAACAUUGCUCAAUAAUAGCACCUAUGCCAUAAAUGCAACAAAUGCUAAUAAUCUUGUAUGUGCAACCAAGGUUAAUAUCCACCUCCUCCUUAGUUCUAGCCUGAAUUUAACAAUACCCAUUCUCAAAAUUCUUUCUAUAAUAAAACUAAACUAUCUAUGAGAUCAAAGUAUAGUGAAAUGGUAGGUAGGGAUUCUCAUUUUUACUCUAAUUUUUUUGAUCACUAUGAGUAAUCUAAUAUAGAUAAAAAAUUCUAUGACGUUAGUCGUUGUGAACUUAAAAGCAUUACUAUUUAUCAUACUGAUAGUAUGAUUGUAGGUAUAUAAUGCACUUAUAAAGUUGGUUUCGAUACUGUUACUGUUUGUAGUAGAGGUACUUAUCAAGGGUAUGUUAAUGCAUCUACCAUUGAGCUUUAAUUUGGUGAACACAUCGAGAGCAUCUCUGGGCGCUCAGGUGAUUCUAUUGAUAGAUUAGAAAUUAAAACAAGUUAAAGAAAAUUAGAAGUUGGAGGAUAAGGAGGAUAACCUUUUAAAAAUAUCUUAAAAGAGAGAGGUUUUGUUACAAUAAACAAUUUUGGAGGAUCAACAAGAUAAUUUUUGGAUUCCCUUUACAUUGUAUUUUCUUGA